AUGGCGUUCGAACGUGUUGCUCUCUAUCAAGUGGUGGUGUGGCUGGAAUAUGAGGGAAGCUCUCGCACAUGGGUGUCCACAGUAUUCUUGCUACUGACGUUGGCCAUAUCAUCGAUGAUCUCAGUCACACUAUACCUGUUACGCGGCGAAAUUCCAAAACUGUUUCUAGAUGACGCUGAAGGUAUCUCGCGAGCAGCUGGUAUGUUGGCGGUUUGGGCGCCACUAGAAGUGCUGGAUGGCCUCAAUGCGGUAACGCAGGGCAUUUUUCGAGGAGCGGGCAAGCAAAAAGUGGCAGCAACUGUAAAUGCGGUAGCCUACUACGUGUAUGCCAUUCCUACCGCUGGACUGCUGGGUUUCCACUUCUUUCUGGGCGUUGAGUGGCUCUGGAUAGGCUUUGGUUUCGGCAUGUUUGUGAAUGCCUCGUUGCAGUUGUAUAUGCCAUUAGAACGCUGGACGUGGGUGAAGCCCGCCAGAGAAGCACAGAAGCGGACAGCAGAGUGA